CAUCCACACAAGCAUCAUCUGGACCGAGUGUGUGUGAGACACUGAGGCGGUAAACACGGUGUAAGUCACUGUGAGGGACGGCGAGCCCGCUGGGGUAGUAACACGUGGACCUCCGGCUGCGGUUUGGAGAGGGUGUGGUGAUGGGGGCCUUUAGCCGACAGGAGUUUUUCCAGGAGCUUGCCCAUGGCUGCCUGCUGCCGACGGCGCAGCAGGGCCUGGAGCAGGUAUGGCAGCUGCUGGUCAUCUGCCUGCUGUGUCGGCUCCUCUGGAUGCUGGGGCUCCCGUCUUUUGUAAAACACCUGAGCACAGUGGCGGGAGGUUUCUACACGCUCUACCUGUUUUUUGAGCUCCACAUGAUCUGGGUGGUCCUUCUCAGCCUUCUCUGCUACCUCAUCCUCUUCCUGUGCCGUCACUCCAGCAUCCGAGGCACCUUCCUCUCCAUCACCGUCCUCAUCUACCUGCUGCUGGGAGAGCUGCACAUGAUGGACACCACUACCUGGCACAAGAUGAGAGGUUCACAGAUGGUGGUUGCCAUGAAAGCUAUCUCUCUGGCCUUCGAUUUGGACCGAGGGGUUGUGGCCAGUGUGCCCUCACCCAUCGAGUUCAUGGGCUAUAUUUACUUUGUGGGCACAGUCAUCUUUGGGCCCUGGAUCAGUUUCAACAGCUACAAAGAGUCUUUAGAAGGACGUAAGCUGAGCUUUUCAUGGUUUCUUAAAGUGUCCGUAUGCUGGGUCAAGAGCCAGAUCUGCCUUGUUAUUUCCAACUGUGUGGCACCCUACCUCUUUCCUUAUUUCAUACCAGUCUAUGGAGACAAGCUGCUGCGAAGCAAAAAGAGAAGGAAGAUCAGAGGUUCUGUGGCAAGGUGGCUGCUGGCUUAUGAGAACUCGGUCUCGUUCCACUUCAGCAAUUACUUUGUUGGUUAUUUGAGUGAGACCACAGCUACUCUGGCUGGGGCGGGCUUCACCGAGGAGAAAGAAAACCUCAAAUGGGAUUUGACCGUGGCCAAGCCCCUGAAUGUGGAGCUGCCCAGGUCGAUGGUGGAGGUGGUAACAUCAUGGAAUUUGCCAAUGUCUCGCUUUCUCCACACCUAUGUUUUUAAGAGCGCUCUCAAAUUCGGGACGUUCUCCGCCGUCCUGGUGACAUACACAGCCUCUGCUCUCCUGCAUGGUUUGAGUUUCCAUCUUGGCGCUGUACUAAUAUCUCUGGGGUUCAUCACGUACAUUGAGCACGUGUUGCGGAAGAGGCUUGCAGUAAUUUUUAAUGCAUGUGUGCUGUCAAAGAAAUGUCAGCCAAACUGCACUCACCAAAACAAAAAGGCACUAUGGGUAUAUAUGAUUAAUUUAGCCUUCAGCGCUCUGGCAGUCCUCCACCUGACAUACCUGGGCUCUGUGUUCAACUCCAGUGUGGACUACAUGGACGAGGAUGAGGACGAUGUGACCCAUCACACCAUUCAGAAGUGGUCCGAGUUGAGCUGGACGAGCCACUGGGUGACGUUUGGGUGCUGGGUGUUGUACCGCCUCAUCCUCUAAUGAAAAGAGACAGAGAGAAAGAGAGAGUGUGAAGGAAGCAAUAAUGAGAGGUGUUAAAAGACUGGUUGUCCACUCCUGCACUGUGACCUUAUCACACAACGGACUAAAGAGAACUGAAUCGACAUAUAUACAGUAAAGUAAACCAGUGCUCGGGCCGCCGCCUGUUGACUGGCUACCUAUUAUUAGAACUUGCUGGGGACUAUUUUUGAUACAUGUGAAAUGACGGCCCUCUCCUCCCUCCUUUUCUCCAUAUCCUUUAAUCUUGAGCCGCAGUUGUCAGCCCACCAUGUUGUGACAGCAGCGGCUGAUGUCUCACUGCGAGUCACAAUCAAUACCUAUCAGCAUGGCGGUGAUCCGUUGAUCCUUUCCGUGGACAGUUCAUAGAGCCCAUUAUCUAGGUUUCAGAGUCGGCCGUGGAAGAUGCCCCUCAGAUGUCAUUUUCCUUCGCCUCAAGUGUUUUACAAUCGUAUCUUUUAGGUCUGACACAACUGACAUAAUCUCUUGAGCAUGUGUACGGAAACAAAGAGUUUACUUUUGAGAGGAAAGAGCACAGCAUAUGGAUACGCAGCAGCAUUGUCAUGGUUGCCAAUAGUAAUUUCCCCUUUUGUGAACGUUAGAGGAAGAAAACGAACUGAUAACUCUUUAUGAAUUGAUUUUAAUGGUAGAAUUUCACAAUGGUGUACUUUGUGUUAUUUUGACCCUCUUCCCUUAAUUCAACCCCUUUUCCUUUGCUUAGAGAACGUCUUAUUUGUACAUGUGAACAUUUGAAACACAUACGGUACAUGAUUAAAAAUUAAAGUUUAUAAUCAGGGUAUUUCAUACGUGUUGCUGUAAAGCAAAAAAUGUUAACUUCCGAUUUUAGAUUGCUGGUUGAAGAUGCUAUUCUACAUGAUACUGAAUAUUUAUCCUUUAAUAAAUUCAGGAUUGUAUUUUGAUGAUUAUUCUGGUAUUACACUGCUGCUCUUAAUAAUAUGCUUUUAUGUAAUUGAUUACUUGAUGAAAAAAAAAAUCAGUGUGAGCUUCUGUGUAUCAGAUUGUGUUCAGUUUAUGUUUAUACUUUUGUUACAUCUAGAUCAUCCCUAGAUGGAUCAAUGAUUUCCUCUUGGUCACAGUCCAAAUGAUGUGUGUAGUGUUUUAGAUUACUGAGCCUGAAUGCCUGAGAACAAGUACACAGUCUUGGCUGACCUUCAAUCACAAAAUCCCCCCCCCCAGUAUUUGAAAUAUUGAACUGAUUUUUGUUAUUUUUUCCCUGUAUAUGUGAAGCCACUGAAACACCUGUGAUCUUUUUUAUAAAAUUUUUACAUGAAA